UCCCCUUCAUCUUCUUCUCCUUGUCUAGAAAUCGUAGAGUGAGAAAAUGGCCAAGUCUCUGCUUCUCUCUCCUCUCUCUCCUCUCUCAUCAUCUCCAAUCGAGAUGGGCAGUGGAGCAUAUCUUCAAAGCUCAUCUUUUGUACACAAUACAAAGCUCAUAUUUGGUGUUUCCUCAUCAAAAAAGAUUCUUCAUAAGUGUUGUUUUAGGCCUGUUUCAGCUUCUGCUAACUCUUUUGACCACAUUCCUAAGCAAUUCAGACAAGAGAAUCUUAAAGAUGGAUUGAUGGACAAUUACAACAAUGCCCCAAAACAUCUAUAUGGCCUCAGUCCUUCACAGAUGGACAUGUUCAUGACUGAAGAUAAUCCUGUCCGUAGGCAGUCGGAAAAAGUUACAGAGGAAAGCAUAUCCUCUUCCCAAAACUAUAUAAAUCACGGGGGUAUGUGGAGUUUAUCAGGUAUUGAUGGAACUGGAAGGGGACCUUCUAAGUAUGGUAUGAGUGUGAGCAUGUACCGCGGAGGAGGAGGCAGAGGAAAUGGGAGGCCUAGAUCCGCUCCUCCGGAUCUGCCAUCUCUUCUAUUAGAUGCUCGAAUCUGCUACCUAGGCAUGCCUAUUGUACCAGCAGUUACAGAGCUUCUUGUUGCUCAGUUUAUGUGGUUGGAUUAUGAUAAUCCAUCAAAGCCUAUAUAUCUUUACAUUAAUUCAUCAGGGACACAGAAUGAGAAGAUGGAAACAGUCGGAUCUGAAACAGAGGCAUACGCGAUUGCAGACACAAUGGCUUAUUGCAAAUCCGAUGUUUAUACUGUGAAUUGUGGCAUGGCUUUUGGUCAAGCAGCCAUGCUUUUAUCGCUCGGAACCAAGGGUUAUCGUGCCAUGCAGCCAAAUUCCUCCACAAAAUUAUAUCUUCCCAAAGUCAACCGCUCAAGCGGUGCAGUCAUAGAUAUGUGGAUUAAGGCGAAAGAACUAGAUGCAAACACAGAGUAUUAUCUUGAGCUCCUAUCAAAAGGAAUUGGGAAGCCAAAGGAAGAAAUCGAGAAAGAUAUCCAGCGACCCAAAUAUAUGCAAGCUCAGGAGGCAAUUGAUUAUGGUGUUGCAGACAAGAUAAUUGAUUCUAGGGAUAAUGCCUUUGAAAAACGGGAUUAUGAUAGCAUACUGGCACAAUCGAAGGCUAUGAGGGGUAGAACAGCAGGCAACCCUCAGGCUGCUCCUUCUGGAUUUAGGUAAUUAAUAUGCAGUUGUGGGCCAAUCCUUGAUGUCGAAGUGUUAUAGGCGGUCAAGUUUUUGGGUUCCAGUGGCUUAUCAGUGGGCACAAACAGGUACUACGUUGUGACAUGAGCAAAGGUUCUCUAAGUGUAGACAUGUAUUGCUAAUUCAUUACAUGUGGUAAAAUAUGGACUUCUACAACAAUUCACUUUGUAAAUCUACUGAUGAUCCUAACCGUCCUUUUGCUGUAUAAUCUGUCAUCAAGUUAUAUGUGGCUUCUUGGAUUUUA